AUGAUUAAAAUUUAAAACAUUAAAUUUUAUAAGUAUUAAAAAAUAAGCUUAUUUAAAAAAAUAUAAUUGGAAUAUUUAAAGGUAGCAUCAGAAUUGAAAUACUUUCUGGGUAUCAAAAGAUUUUAGAAUAUUUUCUCUACCUCUAAAAUUAAUUUACAUACCAAAAAUUUAUGUAAAUUUUUAUUUUUUAUUUUUAUGUUAGAAAAGGCCCUUACUUAUUGUUUACAAGAAGAAACACCUGUGUCAAUUACUGAUAUCAUGCAAAUACAAUAGAACUAGCAAAUAACCAAUAAACAACCAAGGAUUAUAGCUUAGCCUAACAAAUUAGAUUCUCAGUAGUUUCCUUAGAAAUUUAUAAAAAAAUCAUCAAUUAAAGAGAUUAUUCAUCAAGGACACUAAGAUUUGAAAUAAGCUCCUAAAAUUACUUAAGACUUUUCUGUUUAUCAAAGUGAAUGGUAAAAAAAUAUUCUAAACAAAUAUUAUAAUCUCAAUACAGGAAAUAACAGUUUUUGCAACAGUAUUAAUUGAUAUACAAUAGAAACAAGAAGGAGAACAUAUUCUAUAUAGAUGAACUCAAAAAAAGUUAAUUUAAGAAUGAGAGAUAUGUCUAUGUUUACAGAGAGAAAGUUUUAAUUAGAACCUAAUAUUGAGUUCUGA